CUGUGAUAGUGAUUGUGUCUGUGCUGUGUCAUCUGUCAUAGUAUCUGUUAAUCUGUGGUCAUCUGUGAUAUCUGUCAUUUGUGGAUCUCCUGAAAAAGUUCGCCAGCCAGGAUGUCGGACGCCCCCGGCCGCCCUAUGAAAUAUCCCUACACCAUCAGCGCUAAAAUCGCACAAUUCCCGUUUAAGUUCUACGUCCAGAAUCAGUGGAUCUGGCGUUAUUGGAUGAUUGGGAUCGCCGUUGCCACUCCCGUGUUCUACAAGAUCCACAAACUAUCUAACUCCCCUGAGAAUGUGAGCAAAUGGGCUGAGAAAAGGAAGCAGGAGGCAGCAGGUCACCACUAAAGCCGGCGUCAGUUUGAAGUUAAUUAUAUUGUAAGCGUAAAUAAAAUCAUGUCAUAGUUA